GAGGUGUUUGACGGCGUGUUGAGUGAAAAUGCAGUUGCCGCAGCCCUCCACACCUUGGGGCGUUCCGCCUCUGGCACGGAGUGUGUCUACCUUCAUCUGUCGCUUUCGUAUCACCUUUUGACCGACAUCAGAAUUCUUGACAAAUACGUCCACCUUGAGAAGCUCGAUCUUUCCAACAAUAAAAUCCGCGAUCUCUCCUGCGUCAGUCACAUGCCUUGCCUGUUGGAACUGGACGUAUCCCAUAAUGCACUAACCACCUAUUUCGACUUCAGUCCACCCAGGAAUCUCCAGGUGUCUGAACUGAGUGAGCUGGAAUAUAUUGAAUCUCUGCCUCUGCUGAGAGUGUUCAAUCUGUUGAAGAAUCCCGUUCAGGAACAAGAAGAUUAUUGGCUCCUGGUGAUCUUUAUGCUGCUCCGUCUGACCGAACUGGAUCACCAGAAGAUCUCUGUGGAGGAAAAGGUUCGCCGGACGUCGCCAAGCUUUUCCUUCUCUUCCUACAGCACCCUGCCCAGCCUUGAUGCCCCCUACCCCAUGUUGGUCUUGACUGGACCUUUGGCCUGUUGGAAGCGAGAGCUGUGUCACAGGCUCUGUCGGAAGUUCAACAACUAUUUCAGAUACAGCCCCUGUCACACCACCAGGAGCCCUUACUUCGGAGAAGAGAACCGGUUAGAUUACUACUACGUCUCCCAGGAGGAAUUUGACAAGAUGGUGAACACGGGGAAAUUUAUAGCCACGUUCAAAUAUAGCGGCUUCCACUACGGGCUGAGCCGGGAGGUCAUUGAAAGCAUUGCGAGGGAGGGGCUGGCCACCUGCGUCCAUUUGGAAAUAGAGGGGGUCCGAAGUUUGAAGAAUUCCUACUUCGAGCCACGAUACAUCCUGCUCAUCCCAGUGAACAAGGAGAAAUACGGGGGUCACCUCCGAAGGAUGGGCUUGUUCAGCAGACCGGAGAUCGAGGAAGCCCUCCGGAGGGUGGACAUGUACACCCGGAUGAACCAGGAUUUCCCCGGCUUUUUCGAUGCCGCCAUCAACGUAGAUGAUUAUGAUGAGGCCUUCUCCAAACUUAGCGGUCUCGUGGAGGAGUUCCUGGGGCUGGUGCCGACGUCCGAAUCCAAAGCCGCGGUUCCUGCGGUGGGCGGCAAAGACCCUUCAG